ACUGCAUGUCAUAGUUGGAUUAAAACACGCAGUACAAGGAUUGUAUGUACAAAAUUCAGAAUUGAAAUUAACACAUUUAUUUACACAAUUUCAGUACUUCAUCUCUGACAAUGUCUGACGAGAUGACCGAUGGUCAGAUAAUGUUUGAAGAGCCGGAAGCUGAGGUCAAGAUUGGAGAGAAGGUUAGUCCAUUCUCAACGCGGUGGAUUCUGGCCUACGUGUCCUUCUUUGGUUUUGUGUUUGUGUACGCCACCCGCGUCAACAUCAGCGUGGCCAUCAUCUGCAUGGUGCGGUCGUCGACGUCCAACGUCACAUCAGUUGACAACAGCACUGGAUUAAACAUGACGUCGAGGUCGUUUAAUGUAGUAGAUGAAGCAUGUGGCAUACUGGAACAGGCUGUCUCAACUGUACAGAGAGGAGAGUUCGACUGGGACAAGCCCACCAGGUCUCGUGUUCUCGCCAUGUACUUUUAUGGCUACAUUUUCACUCAAAUACCCGGAGGAUGGUUAGCAGGACGAUACGGGGCUCGCCGGGUGUGGGGACUUGGGAUGUUUGUGAACGGACUUGGGACCAUUCUCACCCCUGUCAGAGCACAUCUGAAUGUGUAUGUUUUGUAUGCAGUGAGAUUCAUCAUAGGAUUUGCAGCGGGAGUGUCAUAUCCUGCUUCACAUUCACUAUGGGGGAGAUGGGCACCACCGCUCGAGAGAAGCAAACUCAUGUCGGUUUCCUAUGCAGGAGCCCAUGUUGGCAGUAUCAUCUCGUUCGCGCUGUCUGGGUAUCUCUGUGCUAAUGGUUUUGACAACGGCUGGGGAUCCAUAUUCUACCUAUUUGGUUAG